GUGGAAAAGCUGUACUUCCCAUUGCCUUUAAUUAUAUUCCUUCCAUGUUGGGUUCAGAAAAGUGGCAGCAACGUCAUGCUGCACUUAUGGCAAUAUCUGCUAUUGGGGAAGGUUGUGUCAAGAUCAUGGAAGCUGAAUUGGGUAAAAUCAUCGAGGUUCAAGCCCAUGCAGCCGCAGCCCUAGUCAACUUUUGUGAAGCUUCAGACAAAUCAAUUCUAGAACCCUAUUUGGAUCCAAUUUUUGAAAGGCUUCUUGUUCUUCUAAACUCUGGGAGAACUUACGUUCAAGAGCAAGCUAUCACAACUAUAGCUACUGUCGCAGAUAGUGCAGAAGAUAGAUUUGUCAAG